AUGACAACUGGUAGCGCUUCUAAACAAAAUCAUAAGCCGCUUUUUAGUGGGACGCAACGUUGCAUAGUCCAAUCUGGCAGACAGCCAGACACACAAAAGAUUCGGCUUCCAUUUUCUCUUCUCCUCUUAAUGCUGAAACCAGCGAUCCAAAAUCUCUCUCAACAAACGCUAAUGGCAGACUCAACACAAUCUUUCCAAGAUAAAGAUGCAAAAGCACCCAAUAUAUUUGAAAGUGCGAAUGAAAAGAUUGAAGCUGUUUUACACACUGAAAGAACACUUAACAAUCACAAAGAGACUCAUGGUAUGCGAAAUGGAAUUGAUGAAAACACCCCUUUAAGUGAUGUCAAAGCGCCUAAUAUGUUUGAAAGAGCCAAGGAGGAGAUUGAGGCUCUUGUUGAAACAAUCCAUCAGAAGAUAGAGUCUCAAACUAAUGAAAAAAGGAAUCAAUCUUCAAAGGCAGGGUCAAAUCAAGAGAAAUUAGAUUCUUUGACAGAGAAAGAGGUCAAGGCCCCGACUUUAAUUGAAAGAGCAAUGGAAGAAAUUGAAGCUCUCAUCCACCACGAAAAGUCGCCGCCCCAUCAUCAUAAAGAAACACCUGGAAGGAGUGAUGACAUCAACGAGAACACACCCAUUAAUGAAGUUAAAGCACCAAAUGUAUUUCAACGAGCAAAGGAAGAAGUUGAGGCACUUGUUGAAACAAUCCAUCCCAAGAAAGAACCAACCAAGUUUACCUCCUCAUCUAAGAAGGAAGGAGGAUUCUGGUCUUCCAUUGCAAGGAUUUUAAAAAAAGUAUGCUCUCCUUUGGCUACAAAGAGAGAUUAA